GGCAGUCAGCGCGGGCGGAGGGUGGGGGGCGGCGGGAGGAGCGACCUCGCCCUAUCUAGCCUUUUCUCUUUUCCCCCUCCCCCGGGGUUAAGUCGGGAUCAGGGCCUUUAAAACCGUCGCUCGUGCAAACCCCGCGGUGUGAGACCACAAUCGGGUGACGUCGGAGGGCUUCGUGACGCCCCCGGGGCACCCGGUAAAAGGCCCCCCCUUGAACGUGGGAGGGUUUGGGGGUUGUUUUGGGGAAGAAAUCGCUCCUUGCCCGGGGUGUGAUAACGUGGCCACCAGAGAGAGAGAGAGAGAGAGAGAGAGAGAAACGGAGGAAGGCGAGUUUGCGGUGUUUCCCCCACCUUUUUAAUUACAGGCCUUCCGAGUAAUUGUUUCAGGAUCCGCUUGGCGUGUUAGCAGUGCAGUAGUAAGUAGACUCCGGCCCCCGCCGUGCUAAACCCUGCAAUUCGUCGUUGUGGGGGGGCAUCAUCUCUCCCCACCCUUCCCCUCUUUAGAAUCUGAGAGACCUUAUUUGAGCUUGCCGACCUGUUUUUCGGUGGCGAGUCUGGCCACACCUUCCUCUGGUUUUGGAUUAAGAAUAUCUGAUUCUUCCUCUGGCUGCUUAUGCCGCAAUCUUUAUCAUCAUUUUAUUUCGCCGGCAGUCGCCGCCUUUCCUUUCGCUUGCAUAUGUUUUAGUUAAGGUGAUCACGUUCCAGGUGUGUAUCUAUGUAUCUCUCUCCCCCCCCCACACACACACGGUGAUCACGUUCCAGGUGUAUACUGUACACACAUACACCUUGAACGUGAUCACCAUAUAUGUGUGUAUGUAUGUAUGUGUGUAUAUAUGUCAUCAUAAACGUAAGCCCUGUUGACUUCAGCAGAACUUAAUUCAUAGGUAAGUGUGUAAGUAAUUGUAGCCUAGGACUAGAAUCCUGUACAUACUUACCUGGGAGUUAAUCUCAUUGAAUUCAAUGGUGUUUACUACUGAAUAGGCAUAGAAUUGCAAAGUUAAUAGUUCAAAGUGGAGGUUUAUGACCUCCUGCCUGUUUGGUAGUGUGGGUUUUAUUUUUGUCUGGAAGGCUGUUCCUGCCCAGCAGUGAAGCUGCCUCUUUUAAGUGUAAUCAGUCUCUCCUGUCCAGUAUAAAUGAUUUUCAUGUGUUACUGUUUUGUGUGCUUAGCCUUAGAAGUUGGCAAAGGGUAAAACACUGAAUAAUAUAUAAAUGAGGUGUUUCAAUAAUAGCAUGGUGAUAUAGGCAAAAAUCUGCCCUUAUUCCCUUAUUGGGUUCUCCAUCGGUUGGAGAAUAUAACAGAGGCCAACCAGAGAAGUUUGAGAAGCAAAGCCUUUAUUUUCGCUGUUGCAACAGGGUCCUUCCUCUCACGCAGGAGAACAAGGAAAGAACCCCAAACAAAGGUGUCCUGCCCUUAAAAAGAAAUUUGAAAUUCAGUCACAGAAGGGGUGUAGCCCAAGACCCCUCUCCCUAGAUUCAUCAUAGGUACAUCAUGAAAGGGGAGGUCUGGUGGCAGUAAUCUGAGCAUCCUGAACCCUGCCCCCUGCCCCCAAAACCUAAUCAACAAAAGAGAGAGAUAUUUACAUUUCCCUGUUUCCCAGCCAAGUUAAUCACACCCUUUUGUCUGGCACCCAGGUAUCAGGAUGCCAGGGAGAAUCACUUUAAUUCCUGAGACAAUGAGAAGGUUCCCCCCACCCCCCUUCCUCCCUGCAGAGGAACACCUGGUCAGAGAGAGAGAGUCAAAAUGGUGUCAGUCAGGCCUGUCCUCCUGUGCUGCCCCAGACAUGUUUCUGUACAUUCAUGUGCAUGUUUUAUGAACAAUUAUUAUAUAUAUAUAUGACCUUAAAAUUCUUAUAACAAUGGUUAGGGCAAUUUCUAUGCAUAACACUUUCUAAAGGGAGAACUGGAUACCUUUUAAUACAUGUGUGUAGCUAGAUUCCAGUUGAGUCUGUUGUGGCAGGCCUUCAUAAGCUUCUGGACAAAAAUAACUGAUUAAUACCUAAUAAUAGGAUUGAAGCAGUCCAUUUUUCUGGGGGUACACAGGGGUAUACAUACCCCUAAACAUUUUGUGAAUCUAAGUUUGGCCUCAUUGAGGGGCAGUAUUUCAAUAUGAGUAGGAAAACGAGAAUACCGCUUCACAUUUUUUAAAGAAAAAAAACCACUGAAGAGUCUAAUCUUCUGUUCCAUGCAAUCAUAUACUUGUUUAUCUGAGAAUAAGUUCCAUCGAACUACUGUAUCGUAGUCAAGUAUAAGAUUGUGCUAUAAAAAUGCAAUUGUUUGCAUGCAGUGUUAGAAAUUAACCAUGUGCGUUUUGCGUCUAGUGCGGGUCCAAUUGUGACCAUGCAGAGAUCUUUGGGUGCCAGGUUAUUACUGGGGGAAAGCAAAAUGUCACUUAGAGAAGGAUCCUUGAAACUUGAUUAAUUUUAUUCUGGAUUGUUUUACUUGAUGUUUUAAUGGGUUGUAAACCACUUUGAGAUUUCCUUUUUUAAAAUAUAAAGUGUUAUAGAAAUGAAAUGAAUAAUAAUAAUAAUAACCCCCAUCGGGGGCAGGGGGUGGCGCCUAAACAAUCCAUUGUGGUGACUGCAAUUUUGGUGUAAGGUGCCAUUUGACAAUUAGCUUAUAUACAGUGGAACCUCGGUUUACGAACACCUCGGUUUACGAAUUUUCGGUUUACGAACGCCGUGGACCCAUCUGGAACGGAUUAAUUCACUUUCCAUUACUUUCAAUGGGAAAGUUCGCUUCAGUUUAUGAACGCUUCAGUUUAUGAGCAGACUUCCGGAACCAAUUACACCCAUGUUUUUACUACUGCAUGCUUUACUCAAGUGACUUUAGAAUCUUUUUACAGUAUAUGUUACCUUUUUAACUUCUGAAGCUGACUUUACUAUACUUCGUAAUACUAAACUGUGUGUAGUCUGCUGUGGUAAUGGAAUGGAAAGCUUAAAUUUAAUUUUUGUUUUGUGCUUACUUAUUUUUAAGGAUAGUAAAAGUCUAAUGUUUACUUUCUUUAAACUUUCCCAAUAAGAUGCCUAACCUUGAAUUUGGAAAAGUGUGGAAUUCAGUUCAGGUCAUUAAUUCCUGUUGACAGAACUCCUAUUCUGAGAAGUUCAUAUUUUCCUUGUGUGUAAUUUCCUUUGUCCUUUAUGGUUCCUUCUGGAGCAGAAGAUAUUUUUCCACCUUGCUGUCCUUGGCAUCAUAUGAUAACCCUACCAUGGUGACAUAGUAGGUCAUUAUGAACUUCAUAACAAUGCAGGUUUCAUACAGUGGUACCUUGACAUUUGAAUGCCACGCGUUGCUGUGGCUCAGCCUGUUAAAUGGAACCCCAGGGUCCCCCUUCAGACUCCACUCACCUUCAGAGUCCCUCUUCAUUUUGUUUGAGAUAUUCCCCCCCUCCUUCCCCCAGCCCCCGGUUCAUCCCUGUGAGUGUCCCCAUCCUGUCCCGACCUAUGAGUUAUUCCCCCCUCUCCCCAUUUCCCGGCACAUCCCUGUGAGCAGCCCCACCCCCUCCCUGCACUCCCCCUUCUCUCCCCAUCCCUCUGCUCAUCUCUGUGACUUCCCAGUCCCCCCUCCCUGUGUGUCCCCCCUGGUGGCGGUGGCGGCGUAUCCAGGCCUGUAUGUCAGGUAUUCGCUGUUGGGGAGGGAACGGUGGGGCGUGGUCCGCUUUUCUGCACAGUGUCGGCGUGGCGUGGUCUGUCUGUGAUGGUUGGACGUGGGGGGCUAGGGGCAGGAUCCCGGCGCCUGGCCUUUGUGGUGGUUAUAGCAUGUCGGUUGGUGAUGUCACGAUCUCAGCUUGGCCUUGGAGACGGAGCUUCUGGCUUCUAUUUCCCAGCAUGUACUUUCGUCUGAGUUGUAAGUUCUGAAAAAUAGGGUUUUUGGCGUUUUAUGUGGCCCAGAUGCGACAUCUGUCUACGCAAACUGUAUAUGGUCUCUUGCAUAUUCACUUGGGACGUUGUGUCAAACUUUGAAUGCAAUCGGUCAAACGGUUUCGGAGAAAAUGGAGACACAUCCACAUGGCCAGUUUACAUUUAUAUAUAUAUUUGUGCACAUUACUUAACUUUAUUUAUUGAUAUAUGAUUACUCAUGAUGGCUUUGGGUCUUGGUCUCAGAUUGUGCUCAGGGUUGCAAUUCAGCCGAAGUGAAGAGAAAAAUGUUCUAUGUAGAGGUUGUUAGGCUACAUCUGUUUUCUUGGCAUUCUCAAGCUGUUAAUUCUUAGUACAACCUCUGGAUAUAUUUUUUGUAUAUUUUAGCUGUAUUGUUUUAUUGUAUUGCCCUUAUUUUUGUAAACUGCCUCAUAAUAAUUCUGGUGAAAGGCAGUACCAGUAUAUAAGUUAUUUUAAAUAAAAGUAUUCGUAUUUUUUGAACUAGCUUACAAGUAUAUGUUUUCAGGUGGAAUUAAUCCUUGGUAUUACAUAUCUUUCUAGGGGCAUUGGAAUAAAUAUACUCCUUUGGCUGCCUUGAGGUUUGGUUAGAAGAGUUCUAUAGUGAUGUAUAGGGAUUUAAAAUAUUUUCCAGUUUAGGCCAAUAGUUGUGUAAUGUAAAAUUUAAGCAUUGGGUGUGCUAAUUGUAAAUUGUUGGUUCAGCUCUCACAGUUGAACCACCACACAAAAAGCAUUGGCUGCUGAAGCCUCUAAAUUAGGGCUGGGGAACAUGUGGCCUCCCAGAUUGCUGGAUUACAUCUCCUAUCAUUCCUGACUAUUGGCCAUUCUGCCUGGGGGUAAUGGGAGUUGAAGUCCAAUAACACAUGAAGGGCCUGCAUUAAAGAAAUCAACUUGAGCAACAGGACGUCUAGUUAACUCUUCUCACCCAAGAGUUACCGGUAGCUGUAUGCCCCCAAAAAAUCUGCUUUGGAGGAUUUCUUAAUCCUCCGCAGCAGAUUUGUGGGACUGUAGGAAGAAAGAGAUGAAGGAAUGUGUGUGAGCAGUAAAAAGUAGCUCUGAGAGCUAGAAGGUGAGAUGAUUUUUGCAGCUGGUUUGAAAAUAGGAUCUCUGACAGAGUCAUCAAUCUCAGAUGCAUUGGAUGACCAAAUUAUCCAGCCAGCAGAUGCCAUGGAGCCACAAAAUAAAAUUUUAAAAUGGUAGAACCUGGGGAAUUUUUUUUAAAAAUCCGAAGUACCCAAUUCCAGUGUACCACUCUUUCGUUUAUUGCUUUCUCUCCCCUCCAGUCUCCAAAUUGCCAGCUCUCCCAUGGUUGGCUUGAAUAAUCCCUGCAGUGCCAAACUUAACUACAUUAGUCAACUUCUAAUAAGCCAUUGCUUGCUCUCCAGAAAACUUUCCUCAGCCAAAAUAACUGUCCUCUGCCCCCAUUUUGGUAGAAGCGGCGCGCGCGUGCGCAAAAUGGCGCUGCCCAUUGCGUUCGGUUUACGAACUAUUCGGGUUACGAACUGCGAUCCGUAACGGAUCGCGUUCGUAACCCGAGGUAUUACUGUAAAGGGCUUAUCAGGUGAUUACAGAAAGAAACACCACUGUAAUCAUUGAACCCAGAGAGACUUUAUGGGCUUUGUGUUUUCUCAGCACAACUAAACUAGAACCCCAAUAAUGAGAGAAUUUACUUUAAGUAAAUUUGAUUCAGUGACACUUACCUACGAGUAGUCAGCUUAGUUUUAGCGUUUAAGUACACACUAAGAGAUUUAAGUUUGGGCUGGAGCAAUUGGAAGUAGAAUUAUGUUGGAGGAAAGCAAUAAAAUCACAGGAGAGUUAAUGUUUGAGUUAAUAGUACAUACUGUCAAGUCUGAAAUAGCUUGGGAGACAAAAGAUAAAAUGAGGGAGGUAUCACUGAAAACCUUCCUCCCUGUUCUGCUGACAGAUUUUUUUUGGUCAGUGGAUGUUUCCCUUGUGUUAGGGAAUUUUAUAGGGGGGGGCACCCAAACGAGGCUUCAUUUGGGAAUCAAGAUUGGCACUAAUGCCCUCUAGGGGACCCCAUUUGAUCCUACAACACCACUCUAGUAUCGCACCAACACGAACCCCCUCAAGAUCAAGCCCUGAGUAAUAAAGGCUCCCUUUCCUACCCUUUCUCUGUUGCCUGAGACUCUAUGUAACCAUAUUUCUUUAUGAAUGAAUACAGUGUAUCUUUAUUUCUAAAUGAAACCCCCUUUUUCUACUAUGGCCAAGGGCUCUCAGGGAUGCAGGGAACAGCCAUAAUCCCUUAAGCAAGAGGUCAGGUAGCCAGGGUGGUGCUCCUCUGCAUAUCCAUAAUCCAUUCAGGUACCAUCUCCUGCCAUUCCCAACCCUCCGAAGCCAGAGGCAAUACUCACACCUGGACCCAUUGUUUUUCCCCACCAGGUACUCAAGGAUCCCCUCCCAGAUACUUACUGGUACUUGCUUAACAAUGUCCUGGGACAUCGUGCAUUGUUACCGUAUGCUAAUCCUGCUUACCUCCUGUUUACCUGUAUGCUAAUGCCCCUUGCACCUUCCCCUUUUCUGACGUUUUACCCUGUCACAAGUGAUGUAUGUAUGAUGCUUUCGAUGUGCAUUAUGGGAUGGUGGUGGGAAGUUUUAAAAGUUCUUGCAGCCCUGUUCACGGUGUUCAGUCUGGCAUUGAACCUGCUGCGCAGUAAUAAACCUUGCUGUUUGCUCCGGAUCGUGGCUGGACUCCUUCCUUUUAUACUCCGCAACGACCACAGGCCCUUGCCUGAUGAGCUGGGUGGCUGAGCAUUCUCGCACCCAGAAUUUUGCCCUAACACCUUGAAUACUACUCAAAGUGCUAGAUUUUAGGCUUCUGUUACCUGAUUGGGCCUCGUGCUGGUAGAACCCAUCCUGCAACCUUAGGGAGAAGGGUGGGUAAUUAAUAACAACACUUUGGGGGCGAAGCAAAUAAUUAUUUCUCAAAAUCCACAGCAGAUUUCUGCAGCCACCACAAAGGCAGUAGAUAUGGAAGAACAAAAGCAGGAAUAAGAUAUGUGUAAAGAAUGCACAUUGUUCUCAUCAAUAGGCUAAACAUUGCCACAAAUUAUAGUUAGAUGGGAAGGCCUGGAAAAAACCCCAGAAAAAUUGGGGAAAACCAAGUUUCUCCCCAUUCCCCCCCAAAGCGUUUUCCCCCCUGGAAAAAUAGGGGGGGGGAGUGUCUGGAAUAUUCAAACUACAGUGGUACCUCAGUUUAAGUAUACAAUUGGUUCUGGAAGUCUGUACUUAACUUGAAGCAUACUUAACCUGAAGCGAACUUUCCCAUUGAAAGUAAUGGAAAGUGGAUUAAUCCGUUCCAGACGGGUCCGCGGAGUACUUAAACUGAAAGUACUCCUUUCCCCUCAAAUAAUUCCAGAGAUUAAAGUACCUUAAAACACUAAUUUUUAAUUUAGUGUUUAAACUUGCUAUCCUGUUUAUAUGAGUGGAAUCUGAAUAUAACUUUAUUAUAGGAAAUCAAAGAAGUGUCACAAUUCACUGGCAAAGGCCUACUGUACUUACUUUGCCAAACCUGUGUUAGGCAUUACCAAUAUAGGCCAUCAUAAAACAUCCAUGUAUAUAAAUUUAAAAUAUAUACAAAUAAACAGCCAUGUAAAAAUAUGUAAUAAUGAGGAUUUUCAUUGGAGUUUCUUCCUGCCAUUCAUCGCUGUAAGAGAUACUUUUGAUAAAAACUAAGCCACCCAUGCAGGUUACUUCCAGGUUAAUGUCAGACAAAUAGAAUUUGAUAUUUGCAUUAUGCCGUUACGUUAGACAACCCGAAAAGCAGGAUAGUGCUUACUCGCGUAGCUGGUUGUACAAAGGCCUACUCCGCCAUUUUAAUGAAAUACUUGCAAAUUAUACAUGGGUUUGUUCAGCUCAGAGUGCUUGGUGAAAGCGACCUUCCAGAUGGAUUGUGCUAAGUGUGGACAAUGUUUUCUCUGAUCUUGAACAUUCACAAAAAUGUCUCAUUUUGCCUAUUUAGCCAAUUAUUUCUUUAGCUUACUGAAAGGAUAUUUGUGUUGCCUUUGAGGAAUUACAUGUAUGCAAAACAACCAACCCAAAAACUGCAAAUGAAAUGGACUAGAAUAAAAUAGCAAGUGUAGUAUGAUAUGUACGGUAUGUUCCUUUGCAUUUCCACUAGCAUGUUGGCUGUUGUCAAAAUGAUACAUGAGGAUAUAGGGAAAAAUAAGUUAAUUUAAAUCAAUAGGGUGGUAUAAUUUCGUCUCAAAAUGCUUGCUAGCAUGCUGGUUGUGAUUAAAAGUACUUACAUAGUUUAGCAGCAAUGUCCUAGGGAGGUGACACCUUGAACAAAAUAUGCACUGAAAGUUUUGCAAACAACAACAACAACCCAAUUAAAGCAGUAUACUAGGUGCACCCUUCAUAUAUUGAACUAAAGUGUAUGGAAGUGUAUGAACAAAAUAAUUGAACUGGCUUUUUGACAGGAUAUUGGAGGAUCAGCUGCAAAAUUUAUAGGAAUUGCAUAAGCUGCAGGAUUCAUGCACAAAUGAACUGUAGGAAGGAACAGCAACUUGCUUUGUGCUAUGUUUUUCUGUUUACAACCUAGGUUUCCCUUUGUAAAGUGUACACAUUCUGUGUACAGGUCACUGGCCUUUAUAUAUUGCUGUGAUGUAGAUGGCAGAUGGCAGUAGUUAGUAUGAGAAUGGUACUGCAGCAUAGUGCGAAAUUGUGUACAAGAGCCAUCUUAUUUUUUUUGUAUCUUCCACUUAUUUGAUUGUAUAAAUCCUAGAUAUAAUCCCUGCCAGCCUUCAGUUAGAGAAUGUUCAUGUUAGAGUCAGUCCCUGUCUAAGAUGUUGGAGACAAGAGUUUAUUGUGGUUUUCUGCCAGUCAGAUGUAGCAGAACUGAGUUGGCUUACUGAUGUCACUCUGUAUGAGGUGGAUGCUGAUAGUUCCAUGUUUCAUAAGGGUUAUUGGGAAAUUAAUAUCUAGGCCAAAUUUUCUUUCUGGAAUUGUUGAAUGUCACUGUGAACUAAGGAUGUUUUCAGCAGUUGACUCUAUCCAUAGCCUGCAGCUUUGGUCAAAAGACAUCUGCCGCAGCUUUGCACAGUUCUGGCUCUUAGCCGCCUUUGGCAGCAGUCUGCAGCAUUCCAUCAUACCCGGGUGUAACUAUCUCUAUUGUUUUGGCAACAUCUGUUUUCUCUGGAGUACUCCACUAGAGUAACAAAGAGUUAAGGAAGUGUGUGUGUGUGAGGGAGGGUGAUGUUGGAGGCCAGGACUAUAGAUUGUGGUGGUAGAGCCCUCUUGACUGGGAGCUUUGAGCAUUACAAAAGACAUAGCAAGUUGCAGAAUUUGUCGUUGCUUUAUUUUGCUCACCACCUCCCUUCUUCUGAAGCAUUAGUACAUACAGAAACAGGGUUCUGUGAUAUACCCCAUUAACAGGCUAAUCAUGUGAACCCACCGUUGUACCAAGUACCAUUUGUGGAAAGUUUUGGUUUUUGCUUUUAGCUCAGCUUUUUCUCCGUUAGAUUUUUGAGUACAUUGUACUGUAAUCAUGACAGCUGCUUUUGGAAGGGUUCCACUAGCGUUAUUCUAUUAGCAUGUUACAAGAAGCAGAAUGUCAUUGUAAACGCCGCUAAAGUCUGUAUAGGUUGUUGAUAGGAGGAACAAAAUAAAUAACCUUAUAUGUGGAAUUUGUGGACUGACUACUCACCAUUCAUGCACAUUUCAGCGUGCAAAAAAAUAGCAAUCCUUUGUCAGAGCAGCAUCUGACUAAGCUGAGAGAUAAACCCUGCUUGUGCACGGCCAAAUUGGCAAGCCCUUGCCAUACUUUCUUACAGAAGCACAUACUCUCUUUCCCCCUUCAACUUCUAAGAUGGAGGCAUGGCAGGUUGGCUGAGUAGUAUCCCCCUGCCCCCCACAUCCAUCUUUGAUGUGGACAGAGUGGAGGGAGUGGUGGUAUGUAGACUGCUUCUUGCCUCAUCUAGCUUCGAGCUGGAGUGGGCAUGUUGACUUGGCUCUGUGCAAGCUGCAUGCUCCAGAAAGCCUUGUUUAGGGUGAGCUCUCUGCUGUGUGUAUAGGCCCUGCUGAACACCGACACAUAUUUUUAUAUGGCUUUGUGUAUAGUUUUAUAUAUUGUAGUAAUAGAGUUUUAUACACUAGGGAAAUUCAUUAUUCAUGAGACAUAAAAACAUUACAGGCAUUUCUGAUACAUUUUUUGUGACAUCCUUAGAGAAACUCCUUGAAGUAUGGUGGAUCAUUGGUGAUGUCUGUCCUAUUGUAAUGUCCAGGAGAGGAUGUUAUAAUAGCUUACAUAAUGAAAUAUUGGAUUAAAAUGCUUUGAUUGCUCAUUUCUGCCCCCUCUUAAAUUAGGCUUUUUUUGUUAAAUAGAAUAGCUCUUGAUGAUCAAUGGUUUUUCCUAUGUAUGGUACUCUGUGAAAAGAUUUUAAGAAGUGAUGAACACCUCUUUGCAGCUAUUCCUACUAUUGUACUUUCUCUUCCACCAGUCUUGCUAGAAUGUAUUUUUACUUUGUUUACAUAGGGUCUACCUUUUACUUUCCACCUCCAUGCAUUAUAUUUAUUUAAAUUCUCAUAAGCAUUUUUAGCUAUUUCCUAACAAUGAAAAUUUUGAAAUGUUUGUUGAUCUUUGGGUUACACUGUUGGUGAAAUGGGGAGAGAGAUAUAAUGUAAAAGAUCAGAUCGGCUGUGGACACAUUCAGCUAAUUGUGAAAAGGUUGACAACUUAAGAGUCUUUAUCUUCAGAGAUCCACUGCUCAGUUUUGUUGGUGAAAAUAAUAUACAGCAACAGCAAAGGAAUGAAGACUGCGUAACUCGGCUGUUUAUUUUCAUGUUUUUUCUUUUAACUGUGCUGUUCCAAGAUCUUGGCUAGAAUGAAAAGAUUGAUGUAUUUCAAAUAAGCUGCUAACUGGGAUGACAAAGUCUGGUUAUGUUAUUAUAAUAGCGACAAUGAAGAAAUAACGCUUUUGAGUGGCUAUGGAAAAGAGAAAUCAAAUACAGUACUUGGUAUUCCAUGUGAUUUUGGUUGUGAAAUAGACAUCUAUACAGUACACAAAUGCUGUGUUGGUAAUUCCCACAAGUCAUACUAAGUGAAAACUAACAUCUCAUUGCUUAAUAUAGUUUUAUAGCUGUGAUGGCUCUUGUAAUAUGUUGAAAUACCUGGUUUACUUCUGUGAGUGUUUUUUUGUUGCAAACCACAAAAAGCAAUAAGGUUGUGAAGAUGUUAGGGUGUUUGUCUUUAUGUUGUGAAGCUGAGCUAGAGCAGAAUCCUAUUUGGUAGGUUUCUAAUUAUGUGCUGUAAAUGAGUCAUUUUAUUUUGUUAAUACUGUGCAUGAUUAUAAUUAUACAGUACUAUAACAAUGAGAUGUUUUGGUGGUGGCAACAUCUAGUUUGUAGACACUAUUAGGUUGAUUGAUAGGAUUCUCCUUUCUUCCUUUCUACAUAGAUUGAUUUAAUGGUCAUGAUGCACAGUCUAGUGUUUCUGUCACAUUACUUUCAAGUUAACAACCAGAUGUUAACAGGUCAUAUUGCUAAUAGUUGUGGCACUGUUGAAACUGAGGGAUGCUUCAGAUGCAGAUUGGCGGAUAUGAGAUGGAUUCUGCUAACAGAUAAAAUUCUGUUAGACAUGUGGAAUCUUUUAAGCUAUUUCUUCUAAGAAAUACUCAUUUCUUAAAUAACCUUAAAACAAAAUCAACAUAUAAUACAAAUGUUCUAAACCCUACAAUGUAUUUUUUAAUUCUAUUCCAUUGCCAUUUAUAAAACUGUGUGUGUGUGUGUUGCCUGAUUUUUUAAUCCAAAAAAGAGCUUUGGCAGAGUAAGCAGAUGUUACAGCUGAUAAGUAUGUUUAUUAUAAUUCCUACUGGCAUGGAUUGUGAGUCAUCAUAUGUGCUAGGAUCCAGGGAGUCUCAUCCUGUACUCAGAUGGGUGACUGCUAAGCCAUACUGUGUGAUCUUGUACUCUAUAUUAUCUCACUCUCUGAGCUCACAGCAGUGUCUUGUUUCCCAAAUUUAUGUUAGGAAAACACGUUUGGUCCAACUAACAUAAACUCUUGCUUUUGAAAAGUUCUGAACAAUUAAGUUUUCCAGUAAGCGAUCCUAAAGUAGUUGCAUAUGUACGGAGAUAAACAAAAAUAAUUAUUCACAUAUUUCGCCAUCCCUAGUCUCAAUGCAUAUAUUUCAUUUAUUGAAUUUAUAUCCCACCCUUCCUCUCACAUAAAAAAAACACUAUUCCAGUACAAAUGUAGAUAUAUUUCUGUGAUCAAAGGUUCUGAAAUAUAUUGCAACCCAACACAUUAGUGUUAUAAAAACCUUGGAAUCUAUCAGAAUACUGAUAGCAUAGUAAGGAAGGAAAUUGUAUUUAUGUUUAGGAAAAAUGGCUGUUUUAAAUGGAAAGCCACGAGAAUCAGUAAGGUCACAUUGGUAUUCCUAAGAAGAAGAAGAAUUUAUUUAUACUCCGCCUAUCUGGCUGGGUUUCCCCAGCCACUCUGGGCGGCUUCCAACAGAAAAAUAAAAUAAAAUAAUCGAUUAAACAUUAAAAGCCUCCCUAAAUGAUUUAGAUCAGUCAUUUUAAAUCACCCUUGUUUGUCAGCUGCUGUGGAGGGGCUGAGCUGGGAAGGGCAAUGUGAGUUGGCCAGGGCUGCUACUCCAUUUCUGGUUCUUCUGCCGCAGCUUGCUCUUAGUGACCCCUUCGCAUUAUGGAUUUACUGAUUAAUAACAUCUAGUAUUGCAGACAUUACAAUCUCCAGUGCUGGUUUUAAAACUUAAAAUAAUCCCAUCCCCAUUUGAUGUAAUUGGUUAAUAGUUACUUGAAGCUUGCAAAUCCUAACACCAUAGACAAUGUAUAUGCAGGUCAGUAUCCAACAUGCCAGAUGGGGAAAUUACUCGUUUGUUAGAGCAAGAGUUCGGGAAUCUCUUUAGAGCAGGGGUCAGCAACCUUUUUUUAACCGGGGCCAGUCCACCAUCCCUCAGACCAUAUGGUGGGCCAGACUAUAUUUUUUGGGGGGGGGAGGUGAAUGAAUUCCUGUGCCUCACAAAUAACCCAGAGAUGCAUUUUAAAUAAAAGGACACAUUCUACUCAUGUUAAAAUGCCAGGCAGGCACCACAAAUAACCCAGAGAUGCAUUUUAAAUAAAAGGACACAUUCUACUCAUGUAAAAACACGCCGAUUCCCAGACCGCCUGUGGGCUGGAUUGAGAAGACGAUUGGGCCACAUCCGGCCCACGGGCCUUAGGUUGCCUACCCCUGCUUUAGAGUGUAGCUCCAUUUUGACUGUGGCUCCACCAGAACUUUAGGGAUUUUCAGAAGCUGCAUUCAGAAAAGGCAAAUGGCUUUACAUGCAAGUGUGUGCACGGAUUGCGCACAAAUCUACACAAAACUUAGGUUGCUAACUGUUACUUGAUAAUGUUAGAAGAAAGAAAUAGAAAAUAUUUUCAAGUUAGUGAACAGUUUCUACCAGAUGAUUAGAAGCAGACUGGAGAUGUGACUGAAACCUGAAUGAUUGAUUAUAUGUAGGUUUCCUUAAGCAUGCAGUGUAUCAUUGGAGCCUGGAAUAGGAUCCUCCUGCUUUGGCAUUUAAAAGUUAACAUCUGUAGGCAGGCCUAGCAGUGCUGGAAUUGAAGCCUGUCUUUUGUUAAGAGUUCUGCUGUGGCAUAAAUACUGUAACACCCAUCCCAAUUUCCAAGUGGUGAGAGACUUCAAGUGGUUAUCCUGGGUUUGAUUUCCUUAGGAUAAAAGUCACUGGAGUCUGUAGUGUCUCCAUGUUGUGUGAAUUUAAUUUACACACAUAUACAACCAGAGCAAUAAGUUUGAAGGGCUUACAGCAUUGAGUCCCAUCAGAUCUUGCUCUUCCAUUGGAUUUCUAGGGAGGGUCCUGAAAGCCAUAGCGUUGGUUUAAUCACAAAAAGCAAGUCAGGGCUCUGUGUCUUCCCAGCUCCAGUGGACACGAGGCAAAAGCUAGACCCUGACUUCUUAUUCUCUUAUUCUUCUACUGCUAUGGUGCCUUGAUCUCCAGCCUGAUGAGGCAUGAAGACCUACCUCCUCCUUCUGGAAACAACACUAGCUAGUUGUUUCUAUGACAAUACAUCUGUACUUUAACUAUUCUUUAGACAUAAAAAUGGAUGACUUGGUCAGCCCCAUUAACUUGACAAAGACAUCAUCCAGCCCAAUCACCGAUCAUGUGACAGCACUUAUUUUCACUCUAAUGACACCUUUGUGCUUGUGUCCACCCUCGUGUGUGUGUGUGUGUGUGUGUGUGUGUGUGUGUGUGUAUGUGUGUAUGUGCCCUUGCAAAAUCAGUAAACCUUACUGCUGAUAAGUCAGUGAGGUUUAUAUUUCACAGAGACAGUUCCCCCCUCCUCUGUAGAUUGUACCAUGAGUGGCUGAACUUUUAGCUACCCUGCAUUGAUUAAUAACACCCACAAUCAGAACAAGGAAUACAAGGUUUAUGUUCACAUAACUCAGAUAUGAUUUCAGAACAAAAUGCUACUCAAGCAUUGCUGCUUUGAUUAUAUACAUUUUGAAUGAAACAUAGAUUCACUAUAUUAGAUACAGUUUUGCCCAUUCAUUGUUUAGAUUAUUACAAAUUGGUAGCUAUGUACACAAAAUAGAUCUCUGCCCCAAAAUAUGGUUAGACAGUACAGUAGUACAAAUAUACUAUAUAUAUUCUCCUUUGUAAUAUGUUAACUACUUGGUGGUAGAGUUUUGCCCAUAUUGCAAAUCAUUGUUUUUGUCAAUCCAGAACAAUUGACUGUCGGUCUCUUGUCUACAGUUUCAGAGAUGGGAUUAUUAACUCUACAAGUGAGUUUAGUUAUUUUUUAAAGUUACCAAUAUUUAAAACUAAAACCUGUCUAAUUGGCAUGUUACGUUUAAUAAAUUUUCUGGGCUUGAUUCACUGACACAAUAAAUUGGGUGCCUGUAUGUACAGUAUUGCAAAUGGGUUCUGCAGGCCUCUUACCCAUUUUUUCCAGCAAUGCAGGUGCAAGCAAUGUGAAGGGGUAUUGCAGGGGAUAGAAAACCUGUGCAUAUCCGUCCUCCCUUUGCAUCCAGUCUUUAGACUCUUCCUCAUGAGAGUUACAGAUGUUAUUAGAGUGAGUAACUUAAUGGCACCUGGAGAAAGUGCUGGAUUGGGAUACUGCUGACAUUUAUAUAAGAGCAUAAGAAUGUAGUUCCACAUUCUGUUAGAUGCCUAUGGGAAGCCCAUAGGCAGGACACAAAUCAUAGAAUUGUAGAGGUGUGUGUGUGUGUGUGUGUGUGUAUUCUUAUUCGCAUUAUUAUCAUAUAAUUGUAGAAUUGGAAGGGACCCUAGGGUUAUCCAGUCCAGCCCCCUCAAAGCAUCCAUGGCAGAUGGCCAGCCAAUCUCCACUUAAAAACCUGCAAGGAAGGAGAGUCCACCACCUUCUGAGGUAGUCGUUCCACUGUCAGAUUGCUCUUAGCAUCAUAAAGUUCUUUCUGGCGUUUAGUCUAGUCGGAAUCUCCGUUCUUGUAACUUGAAUCCAUUUGUCUGAGUCCUACUGUCCAGAGCAUGAAAAAACAAGCUCGCUCCAUCUUCCAUAUUUGAAGACGGCUAUCAUCUCUCCUCUCAGCCUUUUCUUUUCCAGGCUAACCAUACCAACUUCCUCAUAAGGCUUAGUUUCCAGACCCUUGAUCAUCUUGGUGUGCACGUUCCAGCUUGCCAAUAUGCUUCUUAAAUUGUGAUGCCCAGAAUAGGACAAUAAACUCAGUAGCGCUCUCCUGCUUUUGUUUCUCAGUAACUGAUAUUCAGAUUUCUGCUGCCUCUAAUCCUGGAAGUACCUUAUCCUCCAUGAAUUUGUCUAAUUACCUUUUGAAAGCUGUUUAUAAAUAGACCUGUUCCCUGCAGCGCUUUUUGUAUGCUGCCCAUGCUCUUGGUUUGGGGGAGUUUGAGAAAAGGGGUCCUCUGAAGUCUUGUGGGAGUCAUCUACAUGCGGUAGCUGACCCUUGCUCAGCCAGCUUGAGCUUAUUGUGUUUAACAUAUAAUAUUAUCCCCUUGCUCCAGGGUAGAGUAAAAUUGCAAUGUAUUCUCCAAUGCAGUGGACAAUUUCCAGCAGAAGGAAGUGAACAAAUUGUAUGCCAACUGCUCUUUAUGCUAAAGUAAUGUCUAAUUACUUUUUUUCCAAAUUAAACACAUUAGGGGUUUAGUGUAUAAUAUGUGUUUUUUGCAUAAUGGCCAAUUAUUCUGUCAUCUAACUGAUGGGAUAUGACUUUUAGUAUUAUUAAAGUAUAAGCUGAUGAUUAGGCUUUUAGUUUUGCUUUAGAAUUAAAGAGAUACUUUUAUUUUUUAAAAAAAAUUGAACAAGAAAUGAUUAGCCAACUUUUCCCCUCUUCCUUCUGGCAGAUCUUUUAAAAUUGCAUGAUGUGUGAUGAGUUGGAGAUUCUUAACAGGGAGAUUGGGAGGUUAUUACAAAGCAGCAUCGUGGAAGGAAGCUCUUUAAACUCAGAAUCUCUUCAGCCGUCAAGCUCUGAUUCCUCGGAUGUAGCCACUGCUUCAAGCAGUGAAACACAAGGCAGUUUAGUAAAGGCAGCCAAACCAAGUGCAGCAUUGCUGGUUUCGGAGUCAACAGGAUGGCAUCAAGAUGAACUUUGUGCUUCUGACUUCCCCAGAACAGCCUGCACUGUAGGGCUUAUGCUGAGUGACUUGCUUCUGCCCUCCAGUGAUUCUUCCUUUGGUUUAAGUCAAGAGGGAGAAAAAAAACUGGCAUCCUCUAAUGCUAUGUCAGGGGUGACAUUUGGGAAUAGUGUUAUCACUGGUAUGGAAGAAGAGAAUCUGGAAUCUCUGGCACUGGAUUCUGAAUCUAAUAUGGAAACCCGUUCUCUUGCUUUGGAUGACAAAAGUGAGCAAAGCAAUGACGAUGAACAAAAAACAAUUAAACCCACAAGUAAGGAGUUCAAGAAAACUUGGGGGUUUCGGAGAACGACAAUUGCAAAGCGUGAAGGUUUAGGGGAUGCUGAAAUGGACAUCACCGAACAGCCAUCUCCACAGCAGCAAAGUCUGGCUCUUAGGCGUAGUGGGCGACAGCCCAAACGCACUGAACGGGUAGAAGAAUUUCUUACAACUGUAAGGCGCAGAGGAAGAAAGAAUCUUCCCACAGCUCUUGAGGACUUGAGUGAGCCAGCAUCCUGCCAUGUUACAGACAUUGAAACUGCUUCUGAAGGCAGUGUAGAAAGCAUGUCAGAUGUAAAAGGCAUGUCUCAGAAGUGUCACUCAAAGGGCAUUAAGGGCCAGCCAGCUGGGAAAGGGAGAACCACUAAAGAACAUGACUAUGAGGAAAGGGAGGAUGAUACAUCUGACAGUGAUAGUGAUGGGUUAACACUGAAAGAGCUACAGAACCGUCUGAGAAAGAAAUGUGUCGAGCAGAAACCUACAGAACUAACUCUGAAAGAGUUACAGAAUCGUCUCAGGAAAAAACAUCAAGAACAAAAUCCUACAGAGACAGUUGAUGUUCAAGCAGGCAACCAAAUUAAGCCCGAAAUUGCUGUAAAGCAAGAACCAGAAAGUAUAGGCAAUACCAAGGCUGGAGAUCAAGGAACAAUUCCCAAAGAAAUGACUGAAGCAGUUCAGGUUAAGAAAGAAGUAAGAUCUCCUGCACAUACUGGGGAUGAACCUGAAGAAUCCAAAAAGAGCAAAUCAGAGUCUGAAGUUUAUGAUCCUAGUACUCUGUACUGUAUCUGUCAGCAGCCUCACAACAACAGGUUUAUGAUUUGUUGUGAUAGAUGUGAGGAAUGGUUUCAUGGGAACUGCGUAGGGAUUUCAGAGGCUCGUGGACGACUCUUGGAAAGGAACGGGGAGGACUAUAUCUGCCCAAAUUGCACCAUUCUGCAGGUGCAUGAUGAGACAGUUAUGGACGCAGACCAACAACAAACCAUGUUGGGACAGGUAACAGGUGAUGGCACAGAGCUUACAAGCAUAGGAACUGUUGAGCAAAAGUCCAUUGAAGACCAAGGAAUCAAGGGACGGAUUGAAAAGGCUGCAAAUCCCAGUGGAAAGAAAAAGCUCAAAAUAUUUCAACCAGUAGUUGAAGAGCCUGAAGCAGCCAGUUGCAUUGGCCCAGGGUGUUCUAAUGUCGCUCAGUCAGGUUCUGUGUACUGUGGACAUGAAUGCAUUCUCAAACAUGCUGCAGCCACCAUGAAGUUUCUAAGUGAAGGUAAAGAGCAAAAGCCAAAAGAGAAGACCAAACCAAAAGUUGAACGAGCUGUUGCCGUAAAACCUCAGCCUAUGAAGAGACCAGCUCCUGAAAAAAGAGAGAUUAUCAUGAAGAAAACUGUGGCAGCACCCGUAAAGACCGAAGUAAAUACUCAGACAGUUACUAAAGAGCCAGCUUCAGAAAGCAGCACACCAUCCUGGGCAAGCGAUCAUAAUUAUAAUGCAGUAAAGCCAGAAAAGACUCCUGCCAUUUCAUCAUCACUGUUGUUCAAAUCACAGAAAGAGGAACGUAAGAAUGAGGAUAAGCCAGCUGAAUCUUCAGUAGCAUCAAAGAAAAUGGUUGUGUCAACUACUGCAGCGUCUCAACCCGCUUCUGCAGUGUCUGCCCAAAGCAGAAAUCUACCCUUAAAGAAACCCUCUACAUUUACUAGUUCUAAGCAUCCAAUUAAAUACUCUGCUGCAGGUUUCAAAGGGGUGAUACCUAAGAAGUCUUCAACUGGUCCACCUACAUCAAGCAAUGUGUCAUUACCAAAGCCUUCACCUUUGUCCUAUGGUACAUCCUCAGUUUCUAAAAAAACAAUUUCCUCUUCAAACUUUGGUGGAGGACUCAGGAAGCCCAUGGUGUCCUCUGCUUCUUCAACAACUUCCUCAGCUACACAAGCAAAAUCUGCAAGUGCUAGUCAAUCACAGCCUAACUCUCAAAUUCGCCAAAAUAUACGGAGAUCCCUUAAGGAGAUAUUGUGGAAAAGAGUAAAUGAUAGUGAUGAUCUGGCUAUGACAGAGAGUGAGGUGGGAAAGAUUGCACUGAACAUUGAAAAGGAGAUGUUUAAUUUAUUCCAGGCUACAGAUAAUCGGUAUAAGAGUAAAUAUCGCAGCAUUAUGUUCAAUCUCAAGGACCCUAAAAAUCAGGGACUUUUCCAUCGUGUUCUUAGGGAAGACCUUCCUUUGUCAAGGCUAGUAAGAAUGAAGCCAGAAGAACUCUUAUCCAAAGAGCUAUCUACAUGGAAAGAAAGGCCAGCCAAAGCAGUAAUGGCAGCUAAACGUAAAACUUUUGAAAACAAGAAAUCUGCUGUAAAACAAGAACCCAUCCCAGAUGCUAACAUGGAAGAUUCUCCACCAGUGUCUGAUUCAGAUGAGCAGCAAGAGGCAGAUCGAGCAGCUCCUGAAAAAAGCAGUGCUCCAAUUCUUGAUGUUUUCAGCAGUAUGUUACAGGACACAACAAGUCAACACCGAGCCCAUCUUUUUGACCUGAACUGCAAAAUCUGUACAGGUCAGAUGUCAGCAUCUGAUGAUGAACCAGCUUCAAAGAAACUAAAAUCGUCAUCUUUUAAGAAGGCGGAACCAAAGUCAGAAAUGAAGUCAAAAUUUGAAAGCUCGACAUCAGCAGAUGAAGUGGAGGCUGCAAAAGAAGAGGAAAUGGAGAAUGCUGCGGACCCUGUAGAAUCUGUAGCUGAAGUAGUUCCUCAGCCAAGCAUAGAAAAAACUUACAUUCCUUUAACACAAGGACAAAGCAAUCCAGAAUCUUCUCUACCCAAUGAGAGCUCUCUCUACCCCACAUCUUAUGCUGGCGGUGUUAUCACUACUGUGACAGUCUCUGGGAAGGAUCCCAGAACAGCCAUGAGCACUUUGUCAACCUCUGCUUCUACUGUGUCUUCUGCAUUGCAUCCCAUCCCGGCAUCUGACAAAGGUUCUGUAGGGGAAAGUAAACCAGAAAUAUCAAGAAAUACUGUACCAGCUCCAAAAUCAAUAUUAACGAAGCCAUCAUCAUCAUCGGACCCAAGAUACUUGGCAGCUCAAUCGUCCCUAAAUGUUAGUAUGUCAGAGAUACAGUCCCCUCAAGAAGGAGAUACGUCCGUCUUUCUCUCUCGCCUUAACACCAUAUGGAAAGGCUUUAUCAACAUGCAAAGUGUGGCCAAGUUUGUCACCAAAGCUUACCCUGUCUCUGGAUCCUUUGACUACCUCAGUGAGGAUUUACCUGAUACAAUUCAUAUUGGAGGGAGGAUCUCGCCGAAGACAGUAUGGGAUUAUAUUGGCAAACUGAAAUCAUCUGUGUCAAAGGAACUAUGUUUGAUCCGCUUCCAUCCUGCAACAGAAGAGGAGGUGCCUUCCUACAUUUCUCUGUACUCCUAUUUUAGCAGUCGUGGCCGAUUUGGUGUUGUUGCUAAUAACAACAGACAUGUCAAGGACCUCUAUUUGAUUCCUCUCAGUGCAAAGGAUCCUAUUCCAUCCAAACUUUUACCCUUUGAGGGACCAGGCCUUGAAUCAGCACGUCCAAACUUAAUUCUUGGAUUAGUAAUUUGUCAGAAAACUAAGCGACCUGCAGCUGUACUGGAAACUGAAAAGAUGGAAGAAAAGAAAAGCAGGAUUCAGUUGCAGGAAGAAACUGAAGUAUCUGCGUACCCUAAAGGCAAUAUGGCUUCUCAGCAAGAGAAAAAACCUUCAAAAUUCUCUCUCUAUACUGGAGAAACAAUUGUCAGUACAACACCACCUGGAUCUCCACCACCUCCACCCCCAGAGCCACCUUCUGUGUUAAAAAUAUUGUCAUCAAUUAAAGCUGGAAGCUCAGCCACUGUUGCACAAUCAAGUGCUUCUGUGUUGGGAAUUAACACAGCUACUGCAUCUUCUACUGCUUCCUUAUCUUCAAAAUCAGCCACACCACUUGAUCACAUCCUGCAAACUCUUUUUGGGAAAAAGAAAUCUUUUGAUCCUGUUUCCAAGGAUUCUGAAGGUGCUCAGACUGAAAUGCAAACUGUUGUUGAGGAAGGACUACCAACAGCUCCCAUACUUGAUCCCAUUGUGCAGCAAUUUGGGCAAAUGUCAAAAGAUAAAGCUAUAGAAGAAGAGGAAGAUGACAGGCCUUAUGAUCCUGAGGAAGAGUAUGCUCCACAGAAAGCUUUUGAAAUGCAAAGUUGUGAAAGUGGUCUUCAAAAAAGUUUUGAAACUUCAGAGCAAGAAGAUGAAGCCUAUGAUCCAGAAGAUGAAACUAUCUUAGAAGAGGCAACAGUUACUGUUGAUGAUUUGCCUAAUAAAAUGUUUUCGGAAUCUAAAAGCCACUCCUUGACAGCAUCUACUCCAUUUGUGCCCGAUAUAUCUGCUCCACCAUCUUUGGUAGAGCAACAGAAAAUGUUAGAAGAAUUAAACAAACAAAUAGAAGAACAGAAAAGACAACUGGAAGAACAAGAAGAAGCCCUCAGGCAACAACGAGCAGCUGUUGGUGUAUCAAUGGCUCAUUUUUCAGUUUCUGAUGCUUUGAUGUCACCACCUCCGAAAUCAUCUCUAGCAAAAAAUGAGCUAUUCCAACAUGAAAAACAAACUACUGAAAAAUCUGAAUUGCCUACAUCCACAAGUCAAACUCAAUUGUUAAAUCAGGGAAGUGAUCCUAGACAAAGUAGAGAUCCCAGACAAGCUAGAAGGAUUCUAACAGAGUUUAAUGAAAGUACUGACUGUAAUGUAAAGCAGCAUGUUAUAGAAUCGCCUACAGUACAAAUUCCUCCACCCAGCUAUGCAGCUCCAUUGCAAACUGCACUUGACAAAGCAGAUAAAACAUUGAUUUCUGUCCCUCAUCCUAGUCAUAAAGAUACAUGGGUUACUAGUGAAAAAGUUUCUGUUAUGUCUGAACAAGAUGUGCCCACUAUCAACCCUGAAAAUACCCCACAGGUUUACCAGGAAACUGUAAAUAAACCAGCUUCUAUUGAAACAUCUACAACUGCACCUGUUCGUAAAGUACUGCUACCCACCCCUGUCAAUCCAUGUUUCCUCCCUACUUUCUCUUCACCUAACAGUGUUCAGACUGUAGCUUGGUCAAAUGAAUCGCAGGAGAAAAAUGCUCCAGGGAUAGCAAGGGACACUUUUCCAAGCCCAGUGUUCACAUCUCAGGAGAAAGCUCCUGGUCAUUUUGAAACAGAAAGAGGUCCAUCACAUUAUGAAGACCAAAGAAAUCCACAACCUUGCCACUUUUAUGAACAAAUGGAGUCACCCAAAAUUAAAACUGAUGAAGAAAGAGGUGGGCCCCCAUUUUCUUCUCUUGGACACAAAAGCGGUCCUCCAUUAAUGAGUGGUGCUCCAGAUUUCCAUGGACAGAGGGGUCUAUCACAACAGUUUACUGAAGGGCAUAAUCCUCCACCAAAUAAUGAUGGACAAAGAGGGCCUCCACCCAACAGGUUUGGAGCCCCAAGAGCACCCAUCCCUUCCUUAUUUUCUGCACAGCAUGGACCACCACCACCACCACAUUUUGGUGAUAAUAGGGGUCCAUCACCAUUUCCUGAUGGGCCAAGAGAAAUUGCACCUUCUCAAUUUGAAGAUCAUAGGGAACCUCACAUGGAACACAGGGAUUCCCAACAUGCAGACCCCCAAUAUCAUGAGAUGAGUGGUGGUCCUGGACAAUUUGAAGGACCUGAGCCUCCGCAGUAUAUGGGAAAUAGAGGACCUUCACCCUUUCCUUUCGGGAACCCAAGAAGGCCGCCUCCAAAUCAAUUUAAAGGUCAAAGAGGAGGCCCGUCACCUCAGUUUGGAGGGCCAAGAGGUCCAUCACCUAAUCAUUUUGGUGGUUCAAGGGGUCCUCCUCCAAAUCAGUUUGAAGGACAAAGAGGACCUGCUCCAAGUCACAUGCCAGGACCAAGAGGACUUCUGCCACCACCAUUUGAAGAACGGAGAGGGAGCCCACCACCCAGAUUUCCAAAUCAGAGAGGUCCAGCACCACAUCAGUUUGGAGGACCAAGGGGACCUGCACCUGGUCCAUUUCCAGAAAAAAAUGAACCUCCCCCAAAUAGACAUAACUUUCCAGGACAAUCUCAGCAAGGUAUGAAACCAAGCCCCAGACCACUCUUGGAUCUUCCAAGUCAUCCACCUCAGCACAGGAAAGAGAUGUGGGAUGAAACUGGACCACCUGCCUCCCAUCCUAAUACUUCAGGGCAGGGUUCUGAGACAGAAGCACAGUGGUCAGCAUCUGAUUUUCGAGAUGGCCGAAGUAAUGACUAUAGAGCUCAGACUUUUGAAGGGAGACAAAGAGAGAGAUUUGAGGGAGGUAAUAAGGAAAAAAUAGAGCAGUCUGAUCAGUCAGAUAAUCGAUCAAAUAGAGUAACGGAUGAUAGACGACGAGAUCGUGACCACAACUGGGCUUGGGAAAGGGACCGUGGCAGAAACUGGAAUAGGGGGAGAGAAAGGGAAUGGGAGAGACAUAAAGAAAAAGACUGGGAUAAAAACAGAGAGAGAAACUAUAACAAAGACAGGGAUAGAGAUUCAGAACGGGGGAAAGACUGGGAAAGAACCAGAGACAGAGCCAGAACCAGAGAUGGAGAUACUUACCGAAGACGAGACAGAUCAAGAAGCAGAGACCGUGAUUAUGACAGAUUCAGGGACAGAGAAGGAGCUCGAAGUAGAGACAGAGAAAGGGAUAGAGAAAGGGACAGAGACCGUGACAAAGACAGAGCAAGAGAUCGCAAGGACCGGAGUAAAAGUAAGGAGUGUGAUAAGGACUCUAAGCAAGAAAAACAAACUGGUGGCCAAAGGGCAUCACAUGCAGAAGCUUCUUCCGCUAAGCAGACAUAGAAACAUAAUUAUUCUUCAAUAAUGAGCCACAUGAGGAAGAAAAACAUGACUCUUUAUUACUUGUACAUAUUGUAUAUUCUGAUUGUUAGGCAUAGUUUGGUAAAACCUGUUUCACAAAUGAGAUUUUGGAUUGUAAAUGCAUAUAUUCAUAUAUUAAGCAGGUACAUGCUGAACUUGCUACAUUUUGUUCGCCUCCCCCCCCCCCAGCCUUGGACCAUUGCACUGUCUGCUAGACCAGGGGCCUGGGACCAGGGGAUCCAAUGUUCCAUCCACACAGAAAAACUAAUGCCUGUAGCAUUACAGUUCUAAAAUGUUGCUUUUUUCCUACUUAUUUUGUCUUUAAAUUUCCAUUUACAGAAGCAAAAAUGGGAACUCUCUUCAAUGAGCACAUUGCUUUUUAUGGAUAUAAAGUUAUGUUUUCCACUAACUUGAAAUGUAAUUUUAUGAAAAUUUAAACAAUAUCUUACAAGCCAUACCAUUACAUCUUUAAUAUAUAGUAUUUUGGUGUUUCAGUACAGUGGUUCCUACAUUCAAGAGAGCCCAACAUUUCUGUCCUGAGCUAAUUAAUUAUGGCAGGGUUUUGUGUAUUUAAAGAAAGAUUGCUGGGGAGCAGUAUUUCUAGCAGCUGGCAGAGUAUUUGAAUAAUAAACAUUAAGCUUCUAGGUUCAUUAUCUUCCUUUUUACAUGAGGGCAUUUUGAGUUACAGAUUUCAACUAAGACAAAAAAAAUGAAUGCCUGAGUAAGUAACCAUAUUUCCUAUUUAGUUAAAGGUUUUUAAUGUUGAAUUUGUACAAAAAGUGUAAUUGAUUAAAAAUUAAUGACACCUCUAUACAAAGCAACUAAGCUUUUAAAACAUACUUAAUGGAAAACAUUUUAUAAAUGGUUCAAAUGACUGAAGAGAGAGUAGUUUGCAGAUCUUUGUGCAAAAUGAAUAUGGAUAAUUUAAGCAGUUUGACUUUCCCAGUGCUCAAAGUAAAAUAUCCGGACAAGUUGUGUUAAGUACCUUUGAGUCUUACUAAUUACAAUGGGAGACAUUUUAGUAUAUAAUAAUUGCCCCAUUGAAAUAUGUGGAGCUUAAAAGUGCUUAAAUUAGGCUAGAAUACAUCCUCAGUCCUGUUCUUGCCACAUUCGUGGCUAUCUUGAUAACAUUGGAAAUAAAUAUUUGUGUAAAAAAUGGAGUAGUAAAACUGGUACUAACAAAUCUGCUUUAAAGAGGAGAGCUUUUCACUGUGAAAUAAUGCAGUAAACUAUUAUUUUUCCUGUAUCUUUCAAGUUCAUAAUUCUAAAGAAUGCAUAGGGGAGGAAAUCCUACUAGUUUAACUGGAUUAUGCACUUACAGUUGAGCAGUUACUUUGAUAUUUUUAUAAACAUUUUGCAAAUGUAAAAAUAGAUUCGUAACAUUGUUCAGAUCUGCAUUUCAAGUACACUACUCCCAUAAAUAAAUCACUACAGAUUUACACUUUAUAUUGAUACAUCUUACACUUUAAACAUCAAGGACAAACUGAUUUAAACAAUGACCUGUAUGCAAAACUCUUUUGCAAAAAUAUUAAAAAGUAAGAGGUAUUGUAGAACAUAAAUAUCUACUAUGAUGUAAUUUUUCUAUUCAAAAUGUUUCUAACUUAGACAUAUAUGAAAAUAUGCAAAAUCAAGUGUUUGUUUAGGUUUACUUGACAGGGGUUUCUGUAAAUUGUAUUUUAUAUUUCAGAAUAUAUCACUGUACAUUAAAUGUGGAACUUCAUAGGUUUUUGUUACUGUAAGUCAAAUAAACAUCUAAAGAAAGCCAUUGUAUCAAAAUUUUCAUAGGAACUGAUAGCAGAAUCUGCCACAUUAAUCCAAAUACACUACUCUAAUGUUUCAGUUUCUUUGGAUCGUUGAUUCCAGAACAGGGUAUCUCUAUUUUGAGAAGAUGCAAGAGGAAUGGGUAGCCUUUGCAACCACUAGAUGAGCUCUUCAGCCAGAGAUCACUUAAUAAAACGAGGAAUACGUCACUCAAAUAGUUUAACAACAACAAAAAAGUAUGGUCAUUUGGUUGGCUGUUGGCCAAACAGUCCUGUGAUAAGAUGCUCAGUGCUCUAUCUGCAUGUCAGUAUAGCAGUCAUGCCUCUCAGUACUACACUGAACCCAGGUCUUCCCUUGCACUCCUGCAGCAAUUGAUACAACCCCCAGUGCUCUUUAUUGAAAAGAUGUUGUUUCUCUACAAAACUGUAGCCAUAAAGAAUAUUUGACCAAGGUACUUCAAACACUCACAAAACAGAUACUGUACUAGGAAAGUCUGACCUGGGGGAUGGCUGGCAUUUGUAAACCUAUUAUUGAAAGGGUGUGUGUGAAGUGUGUGUGUGUGUGUGUGUGUGUGUGUGUGUGUGUGUGUGUGUGUGAUGCAGCAGCCAAAAAAGCCAAUGCAAUUCUGGGCUGCAUCAAUAGGAGUAUAGCAUCUAGAUCAAGGGAA